UCUGUCAUCUCUUCGUAUGAAAUAGACGAAAAAAACCCCUUCAGAGGAAAGAGAAGGAGCGAGUGCCCAGAGAGAGAGAGAGAGUGAGGGAGAGAGGGAUGAGGACGGUGACUUCGAUUAUGCGACGAGGACGAAAAGUUCUAGAAGAUUUCAACUUGCUUAAGGUCUUGCAAUCUGAAAUCAGUCAUGAAGUCUCCAACCCUCGAUUCCAGGAUGUUGAGACCGGACAGCUGGGAGGUUUUAAGGUGGAUUGGGAUUCGCCGGACAGCCAAGAUGUUGUCCUGAGGCGAAAAUGUGAUACUGGGGAAGAGAUUGUCAUCUCGGCUUUGUUGUGGGGUGAUCCCUCUGUAGCAGUUUACCCUGUGUUUCCAAGGCAAGCUCUUGUCAAAGUGUUUAUAAAAAAACCUGGAUUGAGCUCCACCCUACAGUUUGAUUGCCGGGUUUCUCAGACAGGAUCUAGCAGUUCUGAUUUCACUAUCAACAGUGCGAGUUUUCUCCGCUCGUUGUCUUCUGCUCGUUCUUCUUCGGCCUACAAUGGACCCUUGUUCAGUACAUUGGAUAUCAAGCUAGAGUUAGCGUUAAAGCAGUACUUAGAGUCAAGGGGAAUAAGUGAAGGUCUAACCAACUUUAUCGUGUACCACCUGCACAAGAAGGAGCAGGAUCAGUACGUUGUCUGGUUACGCAGACUCGAAUCAACAGUUGCACGAUCUCUCGGGUCGUCUCAUGAUGGUUAAUAUGAUCCGUAAACCGUAGAGAAAAACUGGGAAAACCGAGAAGAGAGAAGUCGGUGUUUCUGUUGCAAUGUAGAUUUUGGACAUCAAGUGACAACUUGUAGAAACUGUUUUUGAUUGACUCUAUGCCGUGCUUGUUGAUUGUGUCAA